AUGCACCGUCUCAGCGAUCUCGUCUGGCUUGGCGGGCUUCCUAGCCUACUCGUCUUGGUGACUUGGCGAACCGUGUCAUGUCCCUACACCAAGGUCGAAGAGAGCUUUACCAUCCAGGCGGUUCACGAUAUCGUCAGCUAUGGAGUUCGUCCGGCAGCCUUGGCUCGGUAUGACCAUCGAGUUUUUCCUGGCGCAGUCCCGCGCUCGUUCAUCGGGCCGCUGUUGCUCGCUGCCAUAUCGUAUCCAUUCCUUCUCUUGUCGCGGUUUCUGGGAGCAGUGCAGACAUCAGCCGACGCUCAGGUGGUCGUUCGACUCUGCCUUGCAUCUGCCAAUGUGUCUGCCGUGAACUUCUUUUGCCAGCAGACCUUCAAAUCGACCAUGCCGCCCGCUAAGCAAAAUAGUUUUUCGAGGCUGCGAGACGAGCAAUUAGUCGCUCUACUUUUCAUGCUGGUCACGGCAAUUCAAUUCCACUUUGCAUUCUGGGCCAGCCGUACGAUUCCCAACUCACUUGCGCUACCGCUCGUCACCACAGCACUGGCACUUGUUUGUCGCAACGUUGGCGUACUUUACCAGGGCAAGGAUCGUGCCUUGGUCGACGCCAAAGUAGCAAUUUGGCUGCUGACAUUUAGCGGUGUUGUGCUACGUCUCGAGAUUGUAGCGACACUUGUUCCUGUUGGACUAUACCUUCUGGUAACUCGCAGGAUCUCAUUUUGGGCUGGACUCAAGACAGGUAUCGUCUCGGGCACCUUCAGCAUCUUGCUCACGACCGUGAUCGACACUUACUUUUGGCAAGACCUCGCACACGCCAAUGUCAAGAGCCUACUCAGCAUAUACGCUCUGUCAUUGCGCAACCUCACAAGUGGUGACCGACCAAAGCCACUUUGGCCUGAACUGCACGCUCUGCUGUUCAACGUAGUCCAAGGCAAAAGCAGCGAAUGGGGUGUCUCACCUUGGCAUGCCUACAUUACCUCGUUGAUACCCAGACUCCUCGCCUUCACUGGUCCGCUUGUCGUGAUUGGAGCUGCUCAACUUCUUCGGGGUCGAAACUCAGCCCUGGAAGCGAGAGCGAGGUUCUUGUUUCUCACAGCUGUCAUGCACAUCGCUGUGCUCAGCCUGCUCGGUCACAAAGAAUGGCGCUUCGCCUUCUACACUUUGCCCGCACUCAACGUCGUGGCAUCUAUCGGCGCCAGCAAACUCGCACGAUCAUGGCCAGGGAGGGCCGUACUGGCGAUCUUGCUGCUUCUUCAGCUCGGCUUGAGCUGGUUCACAGGCUAUGUAAGCUCUAUCAACUAUCCUGGCGGAAACGCACUUAGAACCUUGCACCAACACAUCGAUGCCGACUUACAGCGUGAACCCAAUGGUCAAGUCAUCGUUCACAUUGAUGUGUUGCCAGCUAUGACGGGAGUCACGCUCUUCCAGUCCAUACAUUUGAACCGCAUUUUCCAGCAAAGUCGACUCGAUAGCUUCCGAAAGGUCUCACCGGCCCCUUGUGGAACGCAAGAGUGCUGGGUGUAUGACAAGACCGAGAAUUUGCCCGUCUCUGGGCACGAGGCAACCCAGGCGUGGUCCACAUUCACACACCUGAUUACAGAGACACCAGAAUGUGCCAUGCUUCAAGACCAGCAAGGCAGAGCACUCAACGAGUCUGAGCAGCUGUUCGAGCAAAUAGCGCCGCCCAUCACCUCUUUCGUUGGGCUGCGGCGCAAGUCAUUUUCGCAGCUUACGACUGAUCUGCUGAAUACCCCACUAGCCGCUGCAUCAAUCCUUGGUCUCACUAGCUCUUCUUCCCAGCAUUCCGCAGGCUCCUUGCUUAGAUCCGCAUUGCCUGUAGUCGUGGUAGAGCAGCCAACUGUGUGGCUAUGUCGACGCAAGCACGAUUUAACCCGCAGUAACAAACCUACAAUCUAA